GCCGAGCAGCCAAUAGCUGAGGGACCGUGAGGGACGGACAAGAAAGCCAGCUUAGUCCUUCAAUACAGUACAUAAGUUAACAAACAAACCCAUCGUCCUCAAUCAUCCUCAGGUGGGUGGGUUCGUAGUUCUUACUGGCAUCUAAUCCGAGGACCCGCUCCAUCAUGAGCUCAGCUUAAAACAUCAUGAUCCCCAACCAAACCUUAUUUGGGGUCAACUCCAGUGGGCGGGUGUUGUAUCUGGGGAUAGAUUCGCCCAAGUGGCUGGAGUUACCUUAUGUGGGUCUGGAGUUCAAGCGGGUUUCCAGCGGAGGCAACACUUUGUGGGCCUUAGGCGGUGACCAUCAGAUCUACGUCUUUGUCUUUGGGGUCGAAGUCCCCAUUCGCGUCCAGGAGCAUACCUACGAGAAUCAGCGUUGGAAUCCGGUGGAUGGAUUCUGUAACAGCCUUUUGCCCACAGAUCGUCCCAACUGGUCUUCGAAAGAUGGCUUGGUGGGCAAACCCAAGGAUCAAAUCAAGCUACCCAGUUUGGCCUGGCAAUGGGAGGGCGAGUGGUAUGUGGAUACCCACUUCAACGGCAAAGCCCUGGACAAGGAUGCUUGGACGUAUAGCAUUGACUUCCCCAGCGAUUUUAGCCCCAAAAAGGGCUUUACUUCGUGCGUGAGACGUCGCAAAUGGAUCCGAUAUCGACGUUAUGCGGCAACCAAUUCCUGGGCCAGCUUGCCCGCCAUUCAUAAACACGUGUCCGAGGAGCCAUUUAUUGACGUGUCCGUGGGUGGGCAAGAGAUUCCCAAUGGAGAGCCAGACGAGACGCUGGUUUGGGCCGUGACUGUCUUGGGUCGAGUUUUUGUGCGUCAGGGUGUUCGAUCCAAUUGUCCGGAAGGCACCGGAUGGCUCCAUAUUACCACGCCGAAUGGGUGCGAGGUCAGUCAAAUUUCGGUCUCUCCGUCCGGAUUGGUGUGGGCGGUCACGUGGAAUGGAAAAGCCUUGGUUCGCUUGGGCGUUUCUCGGAUCAACCCCACUGGUAUGGUUUGGAGCGAAGUGGAAAGCCCAGAUCCGUCUUCCCAACUCUCGCAUAUUUGUGUGGGUGAAAGUGCGGUAUGGGCUCUGAGUCGGGAUCGCCAAGUUUGGUUCCGCAAUGGCAUUCGAGCGGCAUCGGCCAAGGAUAGCGAAAGUCUGGCGAAAGGCUCCAAAUGGAUUGAGAUGGUGGGUGAGCUCCAAAUGUUAUCUUUGGGUCCGGGCGAUCAAGUGAUGGGCAUCACGGAUGACGAGGACCACCAGAUCGUGCUCCGAACCGGUGUCAACCCUUCCGAUUUGUCGGGCAAAACCUGGAAGGCGAUUUCGGCCACGCCUAUCCGUCCUCGAAGCCAGAGUCAAUCGAGUACAGCCUCCUCAAACUCCUCAGCUGCUGUGUACUCGGAUAAUUUUGCCAAGAUUCCCGAGGAAAGUCCGGACAUUAGGCCUAAUGUUGCCUCUGGUUCAAGCAACACUUUUUUUAAACAAACAGCAUCGAAAAUCGGUGAGUCGGUCACGAAAGACGUGAUCGCUCAAACGGCCGGAAUCGUGGCUGGACGAACCCUAGGUCGAAUUCCGGUCUUGGGAGCCCCCCUGGCUAUGGCAGCUAAUAAGGCUGUGCGAGAAGAGAUCCAUAAAAUACACUUUCCCAAAGACGAGGAUGCAUUUAGCUCAACCGAAGACAACAAUGCCGCGAUCCCAGUGAAUCAGAGCAUGUAUGCAAGUGCCAUGGAGGAUGUGGCCGCUUUAAAGUUAGCUGAGGCCAUGGAGGAAGAGAAGAAGAACGAAGCCCAGGCCAAAGUGCAAAGAUCCAACAGCCUUGUAUCUGGUGACUUGAUCCUGGAUCGUGAAGAUCGCUAUGGCUUUGAUGACGCCGUUUUUGACACGGGAUUGAACGUGGACACGCCCCAUUGGGUGUGGAUUACGGCAGGGAGCUGCAAAAUGGAACAGGGUCCUCCGAAAUCCUGGUUAGUGGACGCAGCAGUGGCCUCUUCAGAGUUAAGUUUGGCCGGGGAAUCCUGGAGGGUAAACAUUCUGCAGCAAUUGAGGGAUAAGAAUCAGGUGAUCUCUGAAUCUGACACAUUCAAGCAUUAUAACGCGCCCAUUGAGCGUACUUCCUGGAUCAAAAAGGCCAUGGUCAAAGCUCAUAGUGGAGAAACGAGAGCCAAAUGGGAAUCGUCUAUGGUUGAAUUGGAACAAACGGGCAAUCCCCAAGGAGGAAUUGACUUUGGAACGCUCUCCAUUUUUGGAACUUCGAAACGUAGCAAGGCAUUGGCGAACAAGAAAAUGCAUGGCGAAGUAGAGGAACACCUUUCUUUGUUUGAUAUUACAUGCGUUUGCCAAAGUGGUGACAAGACUUUGACCAUUCACACAGCGAAACGAAGUCUCACUCUUCAACCUCUUCAAAUCAAGUUCAGUGGAGAUCUAGAGCUUGAAGAGUGGCAACGGGAAAUAUGCCAUGGGAUGAAUUCGGUUCGGGGAAUUGACGGUCCACCUUCCAAAGGAAGCACUUUUUCCGUGACAGCCCGAGGAGAAGUGACUGUUUUCGAUCCCAAAGUCAUGGAGGAAGGUGGUUUUGAUCAGGAGAUCAAGAAAGUGGAUGGUCAAUUCAGUCAGACAAUCGCCAUCGACGAGGAUGAAACUCUGCCCUUGAUCAGGUCCUUGGAGAACGGAUUCAUUCCGGGCACCGUGAUGUCGUUCACUCUUCUGGUGAAGGAGCAAUGCAAAAGAUUCUCCAUCAAUCUUCAGACGGGCAAACCGGGCUUGGAUUCAGAUGUCGCCUUGCACCUCAAUCCUAGAAUUGAGCUUCGCCAUACUGUAUUGAAUUCGAAGAAGUCCGGUGUUUGGGGGGAAGAAGAAAAACUUCCUUUAGCUGUCAUCUCAGAGGAUGGUCAUGGAUCUCAAAUGUUUAUCGAAGGACGAACCGUGCAGGUCAUAAUUAAAGCCGAGCCUGCACACUUCCUGAUCUUCGUCAAUGGCACUCCAUAUGCCAAGUUCAAGCAUCGGCUCAAAGCAGAAGACGUCACCCAUUUCCGGUUGGAAGGCGAUGUCGUUCCUAAAUCUGCAGUUUAUCAUUCCAAAUCGUUGGUGAUUCCACCUAAUAAAAUGUAUUGGAGAAUUCUGGGCGGAGGUCACUUCCUUGAAAUCACCUCCAGCCAAGUGGGUGUGACUUGGGCAUUGGGAUAUGACUCUGUUCCUUGGGUCUACACUGGUGGGUGGGGAGGAGCUCAUUUCCAAGGUGUUGCCAGUAGCAAAUUUGGCAUUAAUCCUAUUGAGGACACAAAAUACAUGUACAUCUACGAAAAUCAACGCUGGAACCCGGUCACAGGAUUCACUGCCAAUGGAUUAUUGCCCACCGACAGGAAUGCAUGGAGCGAUCGGACUGGAAAGAUUCCACUUCCCAAGGAAAGUAUAAAAGUACCUUCCCUUCACUGGCAAUGGAUAUCGGAUUGGUUGAUCGAUUACACCACGCCAGGAGGUCUAGAUCACGAUGGUUGGCAAUAUGCUACUGACUUCCCGGCCUCAUACCAUGGAAAAUUGAAGUUCACGGAUUAUGUUAGAAGGCGUCGUUGGACAAGGAAAUGUCGCCUUCAAACGCACGGACCUUGGAAAUGUCUGGGAUCUACAAAACUCAUUUGUGUCACCAUGCAAAAUCGCCCUGGAACGGAUGCCGUCGAUUUGUGGGCCAUCGCCUCCAAUGGAGAUGCCUUACUCCGUCAAAAUGUUCAUGCUCGAUGCCCUGAGGGCACAGCUUGGACCCAUGUGUCGUGUGACGUGCCAUUCCAAAGCAUUAGCAUGGGCGAGGGCGGGAAGCUUUGGGCCAUUGGAAAUGACGGCCACGCCUACUUUCGAAUUGGCCUCUCCCAAGAGUGUCCCUCUGGUCAAACUUGGCUUCAAGUACAGAAACCAGGCGUUUCCCCUGGAUCCGCUUUGCGACAGGUGUCGGUGGGUCAUGAAAACUUGGUCUGGGUCUUAGAUCAAGCCAAUAAACUAUAUCUAAGGAUGGAAGUGACGCGAGUGUUCCCUGAGGGAACUUGUUGGCAUCUGGUGUGUGCCGAUCAGGUCAAAUCCAUUUCAGCUCACGGUCGUGAACUUUGGGCCACAUUAGAUGGAAUAUCGUCCAGCUCUUUAGUCAAUGGGCUGGCCAAUGCCCUUCAAGGCGUGGCUCAGGUUCGUGGGAUCAAGGCGAGGCGAAGUGGAAUCACGCCUGGAAACCUUUUUGGGUCUGGAUGGGAUAUUGCAGUCGGGGGAGGGUGGAAGCAAGUAACUAUUCGAGGAAAAACCCGUGAAUAAUAUUCAUUACCCUUUAGCGUGAACCUAGUGGAGUAUUUUUGCUGUUCUUGACGUUUCAUUCUCUGGCUUUCUUCUCGAAAAACAAAACAUAGAUAUACAAUAUUGUUAUUCUUAUUGCUGUUCAACGAAAUAAAUUUUUUGAUCAACAUA